UUCCGUUGCCCAUGACACCGGAGCGAAGUUCUGACAGCUGAUUCUCAUCAGUUUUUAACCUCCGAAAGCCCAAAUAUUCACGUGUGAAGUUAUUUACAGUCGGACCUGCCUCACGUCACCUCCGCUGGUGUUGCAGACGGCUGGCUAUGGUGUAGCACGGAGCGCUGGCUCUGAGGAAGCAGGUAAAAGAACAAGCAACACCCGAGCUAACACCGGCUAGCGCAGGCUUUUUGAGCAGCGGGCGGCGGAGCACAGUGCAGCGUUGGGCAGACCGAGGCAGAUCACAGCAGCGCAGCCAUGCUUACGUUGGCCAGUAAGCUGAAGAGGGAUGACGGGGGAAAGACGGGCCGUGCCUCCGGAGCCUCCGACUCCACCCACAGGGUCUCCAUCAGAGACCGCCUCCUUACCAAAGAAGUUGCAGAACUUGAAGCCAAUCUCCCUAGUACAUGCAAAGCCAGUUUCCCAGAUGAGGACAAGCUGCAUCAUUUUCAGCUGGCAGUGUCUCCCGAUGAGGGUUACUACCAAAGUGGAAGGUUUCAGUUUGAAAUAGACGUCCCUGAAGCCUAUAACAUGGUGCCUCCUAAAGUGAGAUGUCUGACCAGAAUAUGGCAUCCUAACAUCACAGAGACCGGAGAGAUCUGCUUGAGUUUAUUGCGGGAACACUCUAUUGAUGGCACAGGCUGGGCCCCAACUAGAACUUUAAAGGACAUUGUCUGGGGAUUGAACUCCUUGUUUACUGACCUGUUGAACUUCGAUGACCCUUUGAACAUCGAUGCAGCAGAACAUCAUCUGAGAGACAAGGAGGAUUUUCGGAAUAAGGUUCAAGAUUACAUCAAGCACUACGCCAGAUGAUAGAAGCAAGGGCUUCCUAAAUCAGCCUGCACCAACCAACCAACCAACCAACCAACGAAACUGCUCUACCUUGCCUCUGCUUAUCUUGGCCAACUCCCCCCCACAUGUGUGAAUCAACAGCUGACUCUUUGGCUCUCCCCUGCUGCCAUGCUGUUCACCAAAUUGCAAUUAACUCCACAUUGCAAGUACGAAGUAAUAAAAAAAAAAAAAAAAAAAAAAAAAAAACGUGUUUGAGUAAAGACUUGCAUACAAGAGAAAAGUGUUACGAUGAUCACAAUGUCCGUUCAUUGUGGUGAGAUCACUGAAUGACGGCGCCUCCCCGAGGAGUCCCGGCGCCGGAGACGAGCCACGGCAACGACCGGCAAGGGACGUGGUGAUACACCGGUGCGCAAAAAAAAAAGAAAAGAAAGGAAGACCCUUUCAGCUGUUUUAAAAAAAAAAUUACGAAUCAAGAGAAAGAAUAUCUGUUGCUAUCGGUUCUCUGUUCCAGUGCCUGCUCUGUUUGUGUCACUAAAGAGUAAAAUGCAUGUGAGUUCACAAACACAUAAACACACACAGCGUCACAUCCUAUAGUAAAAGGUAAACACAUAUGUAUACACAGGCCUACAGCUCCACUAGACAGCAUGUGAAUGACCACAUUGUCCGUUCUGUCAUUCUCCUUGCAUGUGCAAACACACACCACUCACAUACGCACGCACUUUCUGUUUUGUGUUUUCAGCUCCAAUGGGAUAAAGUACGACUACUAAAACCACAGCCAAAUGUAUUGUACUGUGUUCAUCUUCACCUCUCCUCUGUGCUCCCGCUACUUCUCCACCCCUCGCUGCCCUUUUGUUGUCAUUCCUCCUUCAGUUCCUCUUGUGUCACACACGCAAACACAUGGACAUCUUUCCGUUGAGGAUGGAAAAGUUCAUUCAUACUACAGUGCAAUCAGAAAGUACUAUGACAAUGACACAUUUUUGGUCGCUCUGUAGUUCACAGUGGGUUUAAGGUGAAACAAUGACUGAGUUUAAAGUACUGACUCAGCUUUCAUUUUAAAACCCAUAACAAUGUAGGAAUUCUACCUUUUUUUUGUACAGUCAAAAAAAAGGUACAUUCACACUGCAGGUCUGUUUUCAGACACAGUUAGCGACGCUGGUGAGCAUUUAGCAGCUAAAGAACAAGAUGUCUGAUCUUGAUAUUUAGGAUCGUUAUCCUUAAGUAAAGGGAUAAGGUAUAAAAUGUCCUUAAGUCCCACAUCAAUCCGGCACUCAAACCUCACAGUUAUUGUUUCAUGUCAUUGUCAUGCUGCAAUAUGGAAUAAAAUACAUUUUACUGUCCCAUGAUGGUUAGUUAUUUCCCAAGCUAACGUGUAGAGUGUGUCUUUCUGGAGGGACAGAACUAUAUCUCUCUUUCUAUUUGUGUGUGUAUCAACUGUACGUUUCAACUGUCUUUGGAUGUGAACCUCUAAAUAAUUGUAGAGGUUCAUACAUUAAAGGCAGUUAGAUAGCAAGCUAACUAGCAGGCAGGCUAGUGAGAUAACACGCUAGCGAGUGAGCUUACUAGCUAACAAUUGAGUGUCUUUCAAUCCGUGCCAGGGGCUCUUUCUUUUCCCAAUGUAUUGUGUGGUUCAUGAAGUCAAUACAAAGUGGAAGACAUUGGAGGUGUUGCACUCUGGACAGGUUUGGAGGACUCAAAGUGAACAAGUCACUCACUCAGCAGCCAGUUGACGUGCUCACCAGUGGGUCUGCUUGCUAGCUACAAUGCUUGCUAGCUCACUCGUUAGCUUGCUAGUGAACUUGAGUAGGUGCUGCUAUUCCACUGCCAUUGUGGAUUUUGGCCAUAAACUGCGUGUUCAUUUUGUGUGUGUUAGAAAGAAAAAGAAAGAGUCACUGAGUUAGCCAGUGAGGGUGUGGUCGCUUGUGUGUGUGUGUUUUGCUCGGUCCUGGCUAGCAUUGUGCCUCAAGUUUGAGUCCUAUAUAUCUGAACAUCAACACUGUUCUCACUCCAUUCAGCUGCGUGUUCACACGUCUGCAUGAGGCAAAGUCUAUGUGAUCUUACCAGUGCUGCAUUUACUAAGGAUGUCAGAUAUGUAGUUGUUGAAAAUUUUUAUUUAAUGUCAAAGGUGUGUGUGUGUAAAGUCUGAAAUCAUGUGCUUGUUGAGCGUGUGUGUGUGUGUGUGUGUGUGUGUGAGCGCUUGGUGUGUGGGCAGUUAAAGUAUGACGUGUUGAAAUGAUGUGACUUGUUAGCAUGCUAUGGUUCCCUCUUGCUCCUCUUUCUGUUAUUCUGGCAAGGGUUCAACAGCUCCAAUUGUUGUGGUUUUCUAGGGCGAAAGUAAACAGAAUAACAGAGAACACUGACUCUCUGCUGACAUAAAGGACCUCAGAAUAUGACAAAUACCUGGUCUGUUGAAAGCAAAUGUGAAUGUGGGCGUUCUGUGGUAUUUUCCAGCAUGGUGUUGGACCACUCAAACCUUGAAGGCUAAUGUAACUGCCUAUCGCCAUGGCAGUUCAUUGCCUCCAGGAUACGGCAGCCCAAUACUCUGUACUUAAUGUUAGCCUUACUAAUGCUCUGACUUGUCAUGUGUCCUUUAAUUUGGCAGUUAGCAGUGUUUAUUUCUCCCAGGAUGCUAUUGCGACCAUGUCUCUGCUUUGGCUAACGCCAUGUUUGGGCCAGGGGAGAAGAUUAACAAUUUGUUCUUCUUCAAAUCCUCAACCGUUUCUUUCUCAGAUUGU